AUGGCUCGAUUUGCUCCCGGGGACUUAGUGUACCACAACUACGGGGAAGUUCCGGCUGUCUAUCAUGAACGUCUUGUUUUGGCCCAUGUUGACCAUUUGGACUUUGUGAUCUGUACUCCCGAUCGAGAUGUCUAUACUGAAACCCUGGACAACAGCAAUGCUGAUCUAGUUUCUUUUCACAUUGGUGGGGCAAAUGGUGCAUUACCCCCCGAAUUGGUUGGUUGGAAUGUCUAUGGUUUUGGCGUUUUGGGAGCUCGUGAAUACCGAAAUAUCCUGGAUGAAGGAAACCGAGAAUCAUUAGCUGAGCGGGGUAGAAGGGGCUUGGCAGCUCCGGCGCCUCCUGCUGGACCCGUCCCUGCAGCAGCGCCUGCUGGCGGCGACGCAGUUUGGGUUUUGGCUGAAAUGGUGAAUGGUUUUCGCAUUGGGGAUGAAGUGGUUUUAGCCGCUAAUGCUGUCAUGGAUGGUGAUUAUGCUCUUCACCACAUGAAUGAUGGCGAUGGCAAAGCUCGAGUGGUCCUAGUUUCGAAGGUCAAGCGAGAUGAUUUGUCCACCUUUUGUGAGGAACGCAUACAACUAUGUAGGGAUGCAGAAGCAGCUGACCACUUUUUGCAGACUGGAUUCCGUCCUGGUGGUGCAAUCGUGGUUCCGUCUUUGGCCAAGUAUGUCUCAGAGAAGCUUCAUCAGGAGGGACAGAUCAUGAAGGAAAGGCGUAAGCUACGUGAGGAACGUGGCCAUGGACGAGGAAGAGGACGUGGUCAGCCCGGGAAACAGAAUCCUGGGAGGGGCAUCUGUCGUAGUGUCAAGCAGCGUUGUUUCAAGCGUGCUGCUGUCAACAAGCGGGUGAACUUGGCCAUCACCGCGUUGAAUUCACUUUUUUUUGGCAAUGACUCUUGGGAGGUACCACAAACAUGUCAUGACCUUCGGGCGCUGCCUUCUCCCCAAAGGGAUGCCAUUCAGAAUAUCAUCAAAUGUGUUAAGGAUGCUGGUGGUCCCCCUAAGGGUGCAUGCUACUCGGAAGCCCUUAAGGCGCUUCGAGUCGCCUCCAAUGGAUACUUUGAUACUGCUGGUGGCGUAGGUGACACGGUUGCCAUGAAUUUACAGUUGCUUUCCCUUCCUAGCUUGGCUGGUAAAGGGGUGGAUCUGGCUUCAACACUUGAGGGUAAGGCUGGCGAAAUGUUGCGUGAUUUUGAAAGCCACAUGUUACAACAUGAUGUUAACUGGGGCGCUUUUUCUCAACACACGGAGCCGGUUAAGCCGUACAGUGAUCCACAACUCUCCCAGCGGGGCUUCUAUGGUGAUUUCUUGGCACGUUUGCAGCAGUGCGGCAUACUCGCAUUUUCGCUUCAGCCUCGCGGACGUGUGGGUGCCUUCUGUGUCAGCAAAAAGCCUAAGGAAGUGGAUGGGCGUGUGGUGCAGAGACAACGGUUGAUUUUAGACUGUAGGCAAACAAACAUGCUGUUUAGGGCACCUCCUUUGACAGAGCUGGGAUCACUGUCGGCUCUCUCUGAGGGUUACCUUCGUCCUCAAGAUGACCUUUUUAUCGGGGGUGCUGAUAUCCAAGACUGUUUUUAUGCUUGCAAGAUUCCUCCAGAGCUUUCCCGCUAUUUUUGCCUCAGCCAAGACAUCACUGUUGGAGAAGCGCCAGUGGGCGACUUCGCUUCGAACAGGUGCCUGGGCAUGCCCUAUUGUGACAAUGUGCAUGUCUUGAGCACCGAUGAGAAUCAAUGCGAAGAUGGUCGCAAGCAAGUGUGUGCACAGCUUCGUAACGUUGGCUUUGGAGUCCAUGAAGAGAUUGGUAAUUUUCCAAUUGAAGAUGUGGAGAGUGUUGGUUCUUGGAAUGAGAGAUGGCGUUUCAAACGUCUUGAUCCUGAGCAUUGGAGGCCUCGAGAGCGGAGCCUCCACUACAAUGUCUUCCUGGACCACAGCACUGCUCGAAGGCCGGAGCCCUUAGCGGAGGAUAGUUUUGAGUAUGAGGAGAACCCUGAGUUUCCUGAAGUCCCAUUUGACAUGCUAAACCCCAAAAAUUGGAGUACAGCUAAGAUGGGAAUGUGGCGGAGAACUUCUGACCACAUCACUCUGAAAGAGGGCAAGAUCACCAGAACCCUGCGUGGCGCCAAACCUGUGAAAGUUCCUGGGGUGAAGAUGAACCAGAUUAAGAGCAAGGAGGAAAGACAUCUUCCCAGUCGUUCUCUGGGGGGGAAGAUUAUGACCCAAAGGACGCUGAAGAUGGCAACUGCCUUGGAGGAUGGGGACGAGACAUCAGACGAAGCUCAGAUGUCGAUGCUGGAGAGAGUGAGUGUGAAUGGUCCUCAGAGGAGACAGUAUGCAACUUAUCUGAGAGCCUUCAAGGACUUCUGCAAGGAGCAAGGCCUGGCAUGGCUUCCUCUGUCCCCAGAUGCAGUUCUAGCAGACUUUUGCGACGAGCUGUUUCUGGAUGUUCAGAGUGCGGCCGUGGGGGAGAAGACAAUUGCAGCGGUGGAGUUUUAUCACAUCGAGCUGAAGGGCAAACUCUUGAGGGCCAAGCGGGCUUUGAAGGGGUGGCGCAAAUUGGCACCUCCAAAAAGCAGACUUCCCUUACCCAGACCACUGGCGAUGGGCAUUGCCAUGAUCAUGCUGGCAAGGGGGGAGAGAGACAUGGCCCUGAAACUGCUACUGGAUUUCGAUUGCUACCUCCGGCCUUCGGAGGGGAUGGACCUGCUGGGGAAACAUGUGAUAGCUCCAGUUCCGGGGACCGGCAUUCAAUUCCAGAAGUUUGGUGUGGUGAUUCGGGACGAGGAGCUCGGACAACCGGACAAGACCGGUAUCUUCGACAACACGCUGCAUUUCGACAAUCCUCUGACAAAGGAUUGGCUGGGUCCUGCCCUGGUGAAGUUGGCCAAGUUGAAGCUUUCCAAGGCAGCCAGCAAGCCCAGCAAAAAAACGCGCAACAAGCGUGAGGCCAAUGAGACUGAGAACGACAAGGCUGUUGACAAGCGCCCUGCCCCGCCCGCCCCCGCGACAAAGCGCGCCAAGACUUCCAGCUCUGUUUCUGACAAGGGUGAGGCCUGUGAGUUUUUGAUGUGCUUGGUAUUUCGCAAACCCCGGUUAUUAUCCUAUUGA